GGAUUGUUUCAGAGAUACUUGCUGAAUCCACAAGUAUCAUUUUUUUUUUUUUUAAUUUCUAAUGGUCACUGUAUCCCUCCUGAACAAGCAGCCUGUAUACUUUGCAUGAUUUGACGUGACUACAUUAUUCACGUUUUUUAUUGACUUAACGACACCCACACAUUUUUUGUUGCUCCUUUUUCUUUGCUAAUAAGAGAGAGAAUGACACUAGCGAUCCAACAACGAUCGACCCCAUCGUCCCAAUUAUUUAUAUUUGGACUUUGUCUAUGCUUCCGGUUUUUCAAUGCGUACCUGACACGAACAUACGACAAUCCAGAUGAGUACUGGCAAGGCCAAGAAGUAGCGCAUCACAUGGUAUUCGGGUAUGGUUACUUAACUUGGGAAUGGCGAGAAAAGAUUCGAAGUUUUGCGCAUCCCAUGACACUAGGCCUUAUUUACAAGUUGAUUCAAAUGGCUGGAUUAGAGCAUACCCAAUUACUGGUGGCUGCACCGCGUUAUUUUCAAGCCACCUUGGCGGCCUGGGCUGAUAUGUGCACCUUUACCUUGGCCAAAAAGAUCUUUGGCAACAGCAUUGCCCUACCCAUGCUUUUUACUACUUUAUGUUCUUGGUUUAAUUUUUUAAUGGCAGCUCGUACGCUAUCCAAUAGUAUGGAAAUGGUAUUUACCAUUGUUGCAUUAAAUUAUUGGCCUUUACCUGGCGUAGUGAAUUUCGGAGAGAGGAGUUGGUUAAAGCGUUAUCGAAUUUCUUUGGUAUUGGCCUCCAUUGCUUGUGUGAUGAGACCCACCAAUGGAUUGAUCUGGUUAUUUCUAGGCCUGGACCUUAUCCGUGCUGCCAAAAACAAUCGAAUCAAGGUGAUUUUUAAUGCAGGCAUUACAUGUUCUUUGAUUCUAUUGGCGAAUGCCGUCUUGGAUACACGUCUUUACAACACUAGUUGGGACUUUGAUCAACUUAUUUUCACACCCUUCUUAUUUUUCAAGGUCAAUGUAGUCAAUAACAUUUCCUUGUUUUACGGUGUGCAUACCUGGCAUUGGUACCUCUCUCAGGGUAUUCCCGUCAUCUUUACUACCUUCUUACCUCUUCUGGCCUACGGAUCCUGGUGUAUCUACAACGACAAAAUUGUCUACCCACGAUGCAAAUCCUUGCUGUAUCUAAGCCUUUGGGUGAUCAUCAUCUACAGUCUUUUACCACACAAGGAAUUCCGAUUUUUAUUCCCACUUGUACCCAUUUUAUUAAUGGUGGCAGCCUUUGGACUUCAACGUACCGGUACACGUUGGCGUAAACGUAUCUUAUGCUUCCUGGUACUGACACAAAUGCCUUUGGCCUUGUACCUUUCACUUUGGCAUCAACGCGGUGUGAUGGAUGUGAUGCUUUGGCUACGUACACAACCUGUGAAGUCCCUCGGUGUAUUGAUGCCCUGUCAUUCCACGCCAUGGGCCUCUGUACUGCAUCAGGAUCUUCCCAUGUGGUUUCUGACAUGUGAACCACCUUUAAACGAGACCAGCGUGGAUGAAGCAGAUAUGUUCUACAAGGAUCCUGUGGCGUAUCUGGAUCGAUUAAACGAUUGGCCGAGUCAUCUUGUGAUGUUUGAACAGUUGCAUUUGGACGAGUAUUUGGAAGCCAAAGGGUACAAGGAGUGCAAGCGGUUUUUCAAUAGCCAUUUUCACGAUGAUGCUAGGAGAAAAGGAGACGUACUUGUGAUGUGUUAGUAACUUAGAAUAUACACACCCUCCAUUUUAAAUCUCAUCUAUACAUAUACACACAAGCAAACACACAUAAUAAAGCGGACCCGAUCAAUCAAUUUU